AAUGUGCUAUUUUAAUCAUGUCUCUCUCUUUCUGUCUUACAUCUCUCUCUCAUGGUUCUAUUGAGCUCUCCUUGAAUUUUAGGAUAUAAAAAUGAGUUAAUUAUCUAGUGGGCAAGAGACAAAUUCCAGGCUCCUAUUCCUGCAAAGUCUUACUCUAGGGCAAAAUUUGUCUCAAAGAUAUAAACUUUUAAACUAUUUAUUUUUUGAAAAUUCUCAUUACUUUCUAUUUUGUUGUUUGUUGCUUAAGUCUUUAAACUUGGAGUUAUAUUUAAGGGGAAAUUAUACGCCCUUUUGCACAAAGUUGUAUGUUAAGAUAAAAAACAGUCUUUGGGGAUAAAGAAGCAAUCAAACAAACAAGCAAAAAGACAAAACAUUGCUAUAGCAAACAUGUUUUGAAUUAAGUGAGAACCAUUUUCACAGUCAGAGAUCCAUGUCCAGCCAUGCAUUUUCAGCCAUCUUGAUAAUUCAAUGGGCAGUGGUCAUUAAAUACUUUGUCAGACUGUGGCAGGAUUCUUGAAUUAAGAUAUCAGAAAUAUCAGUUUGUCCAAAAGAUUGCCCCUCAAUAUAUAUUUUGCCCAUGUAUCUUUCUAGUUCUUAUAUCAUCUAAUUUUAUGAGGGAAAAAAAGGAAAUAAUAGAUGAAUAGAAUAGAGGCUAUCAUUUUGUAUUCCACAGGGCUAAGGAAGAAGUUUCAAUUUUCAUCUGAAUCAAUGUCAACAUGAAUAUUUGAACUAUAUAAUAAUUAUAUAUAGUCUUACUAUUAUAGCAGGUAUAUUAUAAUAUGAAUAUGCAUUACUGUGCUUCACACAUACAUGUACUACCAUGUAUAAUAGUAUAUAAUAUUCAAUAUGUGGAAUGCUUAUUAAAAUUGCAAGCUUAUAUAAGAAGAAUAAUGAAACUUUGCCAGAAAGUUUAGUGUCAUUUAUUUGAUAUGACUUUGUUUCUAUACAAGCAAGAGAAUUGGAAGAAUUCCUCAGAUUUUAAGCUAACCCUCAAAAUGGGGGAAGAAUAUGAGGAAUCAACAAUACAGAAAUUUUUUGAGAUUUGAGCUAGUCUAUAAUCUGUAAAGACCUGAGAAAUUCGACUAUACUCAUGCUAUUUCCACAUUAAGUUAUGGCAACAAAUCAACAAAAUAAUAAUAAUAUGCUUCUUAGAACUCUCUAGAGUCCAUUCAAGUUUUGUCAGAAAGGGUCAUUUUAAAAUCAAAAACUAUGAGCAAUUUCAAGCAAAUCCACACAUCUCUGCCAUCAUACAAUCAAUACGAGCAAAACAUAGUUGAACCUUUCAUCAAAGACUGAAUGAGUAUCAAGUAGUGCACAACUUUUCCCUGUUUCAACAUGUUGUGAUCUUCCUUUUGCUCCAUAUUUAAGUAGGAUGGAAUUUCUCACUUAACUGAAAUAGAUCUUAGGAUUUGGACAAACACUGAUAAUACCUUUGUUUCUGAAAGGAUUUGAGAAUGAGUUCAAAUGAAAAGAAGUGAAACUCCUGUAUCAUGCUGGGUAGUAACUUAAUUUCCCCUAUCCUUCAUGCUGAGAUGAAAGAGACUGAGUUCAUGUUUAGUCUCUAUGGGUAUGUAAAAAAGUAGAAAAUUGAGCACAUGUGCCUCCAUUAUGUGAUAUUUCAUGUAGAGUUUAGAGCUAAAUUGUCUUCAUUAUUUUUUCAGGCUUCCAUUCCUACUUUGUUUAAAGCAGUAGUUAAAUGGUUUCUGGGUCAGCAAACACGGCAGUUGCUGCCAAAGUUGACAAUAGGCCAAAUACCUUUGGCAUGUGAGUCAGUUUCCUACCACACUUCUAGCUCCAAACUCCUCCAGUCUCAAGCAUCACCAACCGAAUUGCUUCAUAUUCUCUGCUGAGUUACAGUCAUGCAUAUUCCUGCAAACUACAUGGUCGACACUAUACUUUCACACCCAUUGCUUCCUUGGAUCCUCACCGUUAGGUUGUGGGGUUUGUGGGGACAUACUAUUAUCUCUGAUUUUUUCCAUUAGGAUUCUGAUCUACUUCCCCAUUCCAUGCACUGUUUUAAAAAUGUUACUGAACACUCCCCACGAGGACAGAUCCACGGUGGAAAUAUGAAUGAUUCAGCUAAAGUUGUUACUUGGCAUCAAGUAGACCACAAUUACCCAAUCUGCAAAGUGCAUCAUGACAUUUGGUGUGCCAAGGAGACGCCUUAGGUGUGGCACAGUCCAAGGUUUCCUCAUUUCCACAAGCUUCCUGUUUCUCAUCUCCCCAGUUUCUAACUGUUAUUGCAACCAUAUCUUACUUGUCAGCCUGAUGUCAAAUGCAAAAAUUCAGAAGUUCCUAAUCAAUCAGGAGUCCUUGGGAGCAGGUGAAGCUCACCUAAGUAGGUAAGAUGGAGAUCAAGGGCUCUUCUAUGAGGCCGCAUACCUGCCCAUCCUAGACCUGUCACCUGCUUGCUCUGUGCUCUUGAACAGAAAUUCAAACUCUCCAAGCCUUUGCUUCUUUUUUAAUUGAUAAAAUGAAGCUAAUAUUGGCACCAACUUCAUGGAGUUUUUCUAGGUUUAAAUAACUUAUGAAGCACUGAGGACAAUGCCUAACAUAAGGCAUUCCUGCAAUGUGGCUGUUUUUAACAACAGUUUGUUUGAUUUGUGGAACAUUAAAUGCUGGUGGAUUCUUGGAUUUGGAAAAUGAAGUGAAUCCUGAAGUAUGGAUGAACACUAGUGAAAUCAUCACCUACAACGGCUACCCCAGUGAAGAGUAUGAAGUUACCACUGCAGAUGGGUACAUACUCGGCAUCAACAGAAUCCCCUAUGGGAGAAGGCAUGCUAAAAGCACAGGUCCCCGGCCAGUUGUGUACUUGCAGCAUGCCCUGUUUGCAGACACUGCCUACUGGCUUGAGAAUUAUGCCAAUGGAAGCCUUGGAUUCCUUCUAGCAGAUGCAGGUUAUGACGUUUGGAUGGGAAACAGUCGGGGGAACACUUGGUCAAGAAGACACAAAACACUCUCAGCAAAUGAAGAGAAAUUCUGGGCCUUUAGUUUUGAUGAAAUGGCCAAAUAUGAUCUCCCAGGAAUAAUAGAUUUCAUUGUGAAUAAAACUGGUCAGGAGAAGUUGUAUUUCAUUGGACAUUCACUGGGCACUACAAUAGGAUUUGUAGCCUUUUCCACCAUACCUGAACUGGCACAAAGAAUCAAAAUGAAUUUUGCCUUGGGUCCUGUGAUCUCAUUCAAAUAUCCCACAAGCAUUUUUACCAGUUUUUUUCUACUUCCAAAUUCCAUAAUCAAGGCUAUGUUUGGUAACAAAGGUUUCUUUUUAGAAGAUAAGACCAAGAAGACACCUUCUACCAAAAUCUGCAACAAUAAAAUACUCUGGUUGAUAUGUAGUGAAUUUAUGUCCUUAUGGGCUGGAUCCAACAAGAAAAAUAUGAACGCAAGUCGAAUGGAUGUAUAUAUGUCCCAUGCUCCCACUGGAUCAUCAAUACAGAACAUGCUGCAUAUAAAACAGCUUUACCGAUCUGAUGAAUUCAGAGCUUAUGACUGGGGAAGUGAAGCUGAAAAUAUGCAUCAUUAUAAUCAGAGUCGUCCUCCACUGUAUGACUUGACUGCCAUGAACGUGCCUACUGCUAUUUGGGCUGCUGGACAUGACAUCCUUAUAACAACAAAGGAUGUGGACAGGAUACUCCCCCAAAUCAGGAAUCUCCGUUACUUCAAAGUAUUACCAGAUUGGAACCACUUUGAUUUUAUCUGGGGCCUCGAUGCCCCAAAACGGGUAUACAAUAAGAUCAUAGCUUUGAUGAAAGAAUAUAUCUAAAUCCAAUGCAUCUGCUUUUCAGUUAAAAGUUGCUUCCAAGUCCAUAGGAAGCCUUAGGGGAAAUGUUCAUGAACAUUGAGAUAGCCCUACCACCCUUGCUGCUAUUGCUGAGGUGUUCCCUUAUCUGGGCAUCCCAAUAGAGAUUAUUUGCACUAUGCUGCUCUUUUCUCCAAGAAAUGUUUGCAUCUGAAAUUUCAGGAUCCUACUGUCUUAGACAGGGCUAAGGCCUCUUUUUAAUACAAGAUGAACAUUUAAAAGAGAAUAGAUAAAGAGGAGUUUCUCUGCCCUAUACUUCGUGCAAACAAAAACUUACCACCUCCUUAUACCCUUUUUCAAAGAAUUGAAUGGAAGCAGAGUCAUACUGGUCUAGAGAGAAAGUCUUCAUCAGGGCAGACAUUUAGGAAUAUAUUUAGUAUGGCUGUUACCUUGUGGUUUACCUGGAGGCACAAUUAGGCCAAUAGUCAUAAUAGUCAUCUAUGAAAUAAUUUGGCCAACAUCAAUAAGCCUGAUGGAAAUGGAAGAAUGAAAAACUAAUAAAAUUUAAGUUUUCCAGGAGCUUGUACUGUAACAAGCUAGGGGGGGAAAGACUGAGAUAAACUGAAUGGUUAAUAACUAAACUUAUUCACUAUAGGCCAUUGCCUUUGAAACAAAAUCAAACUAAUAUAUUUGUCUGAUAAUAGUGUAUUAGGGAUCACUGACAGAAGACUUAGAAAUGAUUCCCUCUUGAUUUGUUCUAAGGAAAAACUAGGCUGAUCAGCUAUUAUGUCGUUAGGAUCAAAAUGGAAUUUAUACUACUUUAUUUGUAAAUGGAAUUUAUUCUGCUUUAUGUGUAACAUUGAAAGCAGUUCCCUCAAAGCCUGAUUUAGAAUAUACAAAGAAAACCCACAGGACGGCUCCAUUAUAGUCUCUAAAAGAGGCUGGACACUGAUUCCAAGAUUUUGUAGAAAGUUCAAUGUCUAACAUGAAGUUUUACUGUCAGAUCCUGUAAUCCUGAAUGGUGUGAACUCAAAAAGAGUCUUUACCUUCUGUGAAGAUGUAACUCAGAACUGCUCAUGAUCCUCAGGGAAUCAUUUUAAAAAGUGUGAUAUACAUACUUACCUUUGGUACUUUAUUUUAACUUAAAAUAGGUAAAUAUAAAUUAGCACACUAAUGUUUACAUGCAGGACCAAGGGCUUUUGAUUAUUGGAUAUCAUAUAGUUAUUCUUCAAUAAAUAAUUCAUUAUUCAUCAUUCUUAGUUUUUAGUUUUGAUGUUUUGAAAAUGGGGUGAAAAUUAACACCACUUGAAAGUCAGUUUUAAGUGAAAAUCUAUAUUUUUAUAAUCUUUAUGAAGAUAACUAUUUUGAUCAUAAUUUUUCACAACUUUUAAAAUCAAGAUUUUCAAAGAAUAUAAAGUAAUUUUCAUACAAAUAGUAUUUUUGUCAUUUCAUCAGAUUACCAAAAUUCAUGAAAGAAUUUAACUGCUAUAAUAAAUAAAAUGAACAUAAAUAGGUUAGAGAAUUCUUAGUAAAUAUAAGAAUUGAGAGAAAACAGUAGGAAGGUUUGGCUAUACCACAUUAGCCUGCUAAUAGCUAUGAACAUUUAAGUGGCAUUGAACAUUAGCUAAUAUGUUUUACAGAAAUGCAGGACAUUGGUUAACACAGGAAUCUGUUAAGUGGAGAUUACUUGAGAGAGCUCCUAUUACAACAAUGCUGGGAAACAACCAACCAGGAACCACUCCCAAGUUUGAGACCAGUCUGGGCAGCUUAGCAAGACCCCGUUUCAAAAUAAAAUAAAAAGGGUUGGGGAUAUAGCUCAAUGGUAAAGCACCCCUGGAUUCAAUCUCUAGAACCAUAAACAAAGCAAUAAUUAAGAGAGUAAAAAUGCAAACCAUAGAAUGGAAUUAAAAUAUAUAUCCAGAAAACACAUAUAGAAUAUAUAAAUCAUUUAUUUGAAUUGACUUUUUUUAAAUGAAAGCAAACAUAAUAGAAAAUGGAAACAUUUGCAUAAGCAUUGUCAAAAGGGAGGACAUACUCAUGGAUGAAGUGCUAAACUUUAUUAUUAUUAGUGCUACAUUGAAUUAUUUUUCCUUAAUAAUCAGGAAAAUGCAAAAUUUAAAGUAUGAAGUAAAAUCAUUAGAAGUGCUAAAAUUACAAUGAAUAAGAAGCAUAAAUGAGUACAAGCACUUUGGAUUCUGUCUUUGACAGUAUCUUCUCCAAUUGAAUAGAUCCAUAUUGCAAGACCUUGUAAUUCCAAUAUUAGGUUUAUGGAGCAAAAUGCAGAUGGAUGCUCACCAAAAUAUUUGUACCAAAGUAUGAAUACCAACUUAAUCAUAAUUGUCCCCAACUCAAAACAACCCAGAUGUGCAAUAAUAUGAAAAUGAAUAAAUAAAAGAUGGUAUCAUCAUACAAUGGCCUACAAAAAAACAACAAGGAAGAAUUAUUCAAAAACUAAGAUAAACCUCCCAAGCACAGUAAAGAAAGAGAGAUGCAAAAGAAUACAUAUUUUAUUAUACAUUUUAAUGUAAAUGCAUGUGAGUGCUACAAACCUCAAAGUGGUUACCUUUUGGGAAGAAUCAGAACUUGGAGGGAACAUAUGGAGGACAGAAAAUGUCCUAAUAUUAGAUGUGGGUACUGUUAUGCAAGUGCUUUUGUUUUGUGAAAUUUAUCCAGUGAUACAUUUAUAAUAUAUGAACAUGUUCUAUUGUGCUUGCUAUACUAAAGUAUAUUUCUUAAAAAGAA